AUGAAAACCUUAUCGAAGCGUACCUCGCGACCCGAUAGCCACAAAAAUCCGUUUGACCCCUCUGAGCCCGGAUGGAAACUCGAACGAGCUCUGAAAGCAGCAGUCGCGCGGUCCAACGCCGAGGGAUCCCAUCCGAAUCUAUUAAAAUCAUCUGUACGCUGGCGCAAUGUCAACGUUUACGGAGAGGGUGCCACUGCCAGAGCUCAGCCUACCGUUUCUUCUUUUCUCACGGACUGCUUCCGGAAUGUCCGUGGCAUCUUUGGUCGAAGUUCCGAGAGACAGAUCCUGUAUGAUUUCGACGGAUUACUGAAUGAAGGCGAAAUGCUGCUAGUUCUCGGCCUCCCUGGAAGUGGAUGCUCGACGCUGUUGAGAACUCUUUCUGGUCAUGAUGAGGGCUUUUCCAAAUGGUCCGGCGAUAUCACAUACAGUGGUGUCCCGGUGGAGGUCAUGAAGAAGGACUUUCGAGGAAAGGUGGUGUUCAACGAGGAAAAUGAAAGCCAUUUUCCUCAUCUCACAGUUGGUCAAACAUUGGAGUUUGCCAUUAAGACUAAGACACCUCGGAAUCGAAUUGGUGGUGUCUCUCGCCAGAAGUAUAUCGAAACGAUGAGGAACAUUCUUGGAGCGACCUUUGGCCUGACGCAUACUUUCCAAACCCGUGUGGGAAACGACUAUAUCCGGGGUGUUUCUGGGGGAGAAAGGAGAAGGGUCUCUCUUGCAGAGAUGGUGAUACAGCUUGCAACCUGUCCUUCAGUGACUUACUGGGAUAAUCCCACCCGAGGGUUAGACUCAUCAACGUCGUUGGAGUUUGCAGGUGCUCUUCGUGCUGCUACGAAUCUCACCAACACUGUCGCCGUCUCAGCCCUAUAUCAACCCGGAGAUUCAUUGGUCGAUGUUUUUGACAAGGUGACCAUCCUGCACGACGGUCAUCAGAUCUUCUUUGGGGAGCUGUCUGCUGCCAAAGAGCACUUCCAGGAGCUGGGUUUUGUCUUUCAUCCACGCCAAACAACGGCUGAGUUUCUCCUCUCCGUCACCGAUCCGGGUUCUAGGAAGGUCCGUGAAGGAUUUGAACACACUGUUCCGCGCACCGUCGGGGACCUUGUUUCAUCCUGGAAAGCUAGCAAGCAUUAUAAGCAGCUUAUGUCCGAGACGGCUCACCAUGGGGAUAUGUAUCCACGUGGGUACUCCGAGAGCAUUGGAUCGUUCAAGAAAAUCCAAAAUGCGGAGAAGGCACCUUUCAAUCGAAGCAAGUCACCGUACACAAUCAACUGGGGCAUGCAGUUUCUCUCCACAUACCUCCGAUCGUGCCAAAGAAUUAUAUCUGACAAAGCUUACACACUUGCCGUCGUUGUGACUAUGGGAGUUGUGGCACUCUUGAUUGGGUCAAUGUUCUAUGAUAUCCCUGACGACACGAGCGGAUAUUUCUCCAAAGGCGGUUGCGUCUUCUUUUCGGUUCUGUUCAACAUUCUGGUCAGCUUUGUUGAAAUCAGCGCUCAGUUUUCUCAGCGACAGGUUGUGGCGAAACACAAGUCCUAUGCCAUGUACCACCCAUCGAUCGACGCCCUGGCUUCCAUGGUAGCUCAGUAUCCCAUCAAAUUUAUGAAUUCGGCCGUCUUCAGCGUUGUGGUCUAUUUCAUGGUGGGCUUCAAGCAAGAGGCAGGAGCUUUCUUCGUCUUCUUGCUGUUCAUCUUCUUGACUUCUGUGACCCUGAGUGCCUUUUUCCGGACCAUCGCUGCUCUAGUCAACCGAGUCGAGAUUGCGCUGGCAGUUGCUGGGAUCAUUCUGCUGGUUCUGAGUAUAUACGCAGGUUACGUCAUUCCACGACCGUCAAUGCACCCCUGGUUCAAAUGGCUCAGUUAUAUUAACCCUAUCUAUUAUGCGGUGGAGUCGCUCAUGGUCAUGGAGUUUCACGGUCGCAAAUCAGUCUGUGGAACCCUUGUACCAUCAGGUCCUGGGUAUGAAAAUGCCAGCAUUCUGAACCAGGUCUGUGCUUCCGUGGGUUCCGUUGCGGGGGAGAUGUAUGUUUCAGGCGAUACCUAUGUGGAAGCAUCGUUUUCCUACUCAUAUUCCCAUCUGUGGAGAAACCUUGGUAUUAGCAUCGCAUUCUUUGUUUUCUUCGUCUUCACUUACGCCGCCGCCACCGAGCUUAAGAGCCCCCCUGCACUGAAAGGGGGUCAACUCCUUUUCCAGGAUAAGCGAGAUGUAUCUACACAGUCUGGGCUGGGCGACACAGAAAAGCAGGCUCAGCACCAAUGCCGAGAAGAUAGCCAUGCCCCUCUUGAGGAAAAUACGUUGAUGCAGAACCUCACCCGCAGCGAGAAUGUCUUUACCUGGCAAGGGGUAACGUACGACAUUGAGGUUAAAGGCGAGAAUCGUCGCCUCCUUUCUGACGUGCAGGGGUAUGUGAAGCCUGGAGAAAUGACCGCGCUCAUGGGAGAGUCAGGGGCUGGCAAAACAACCCUUCUCAAUAUUCUGGCGCAGAGAGUCUCCACGGGUGUCAUAUCGGGUGACAUGUUGGUCAAUGGUCGUCGCCUCGGACAUGCCUUCCAACGAGGAACCGGUUACGUUCAACAGCAAGACGUUCACUUCGAAGAAGCUACCGUGAGGGAAGCAUUCCGAUUCUCGGCGCUUCUCCGCCAGCCCCGGGAUGUUCCCCUGGAAGAAAAAUAUGCAUACGUCGAGAAGGUGAUCGAUGCCUUGGGGAUGCACGAAUAUGCCGGUGCUGUUAUCGGUACUCCUGGACGGGGUCUGAGUGUCGAACAGCGCAAAAGAACCACUAUUGGAUUGGAGCUGGUCGCGAAGCCGAGCAUUUUGCUUUUCCUUGAUGAGCCGACGUCCGGAUUGGAUUCUCGAUCUGCCAUGUCAAUUGUCAAACUUCUUCGCAGCUUGGCUAAUGCCGGUCAGGCGAUCUUGUGCACUAUACACCAGCCAUCCUCGCUGCUGUUUGAAGAGUUCGACCGGCUUCUCUUGCUUGUGAAAGGGGGGAAGACAGCUUACUUCGGUGAUGUUGGCGAGAAUUCAAGUACGGUGCUCAGCUAUUUUGAGCGAAACGGUGGAUACGCAUGUCCUGGAAAUGCGAAUCCCGCUGAGUAUAUCCUGGACGUAGUUGGCGCGGGCGCAACCGCGCAGUCCUCGCAAAACUGGGCCGCGACAUGGAAAAACAGUCCUGAAGCACUGCGGAACACAAACGAAAUCCAGUCUCUUGUUAAGAUGAAGCGCGGGAACACCACCGAGUCUAAUGAUGAUGAAUCUGAUACAUCUCAGGCCAUCUAUGCCUUGCCGUGGAUUCACCAGUAUAUCGCCGUGCAACAACGUCUGUUUGUGCAAUACUGGAGAAGCCCGGUCUACGUUGUCAGCAAGAUAGCCAUCAACACCGUCGGGGGUCUGUUCUUGGGGUUCACAUUCUUCAAACAAGACAGCUCUGUUGCCGGCCUGCAAAAUUCCAUCUUCUCCGUUUUCAUGCUUCUCCUUCUAUCGCUGGUGAUUCUCGUUCAGCUCCAACCCCGUCUUAUCGAAUAUCGGAACCUCUAUGAGGUCCGAGAGAAGCAUUCCAAAAUGUACAGCUGGACCGUCUUCAUCACCGCGAGCAUCGUGACUGAAAUUCCGUACAAUAUCGUCAUUGCGUCGGUGUGCUUCAUCUGUUGGUAUUUCCCCGUCGGCUGGUGGCGGACCAUCUCAGCAGGUAGAGGUGCCUUUAUGUGGUUGAUCUUCAUGGUCUACCAAUUGUACCAUACGAGCUUCUCACAGGCGGUGGCGAUCGCCGCCCCGGAUGCCGAAACAGCGUCGAUGGUCACCAUCUUGUUCUAUACGUUCAUCUUCGCUUUCACGGGUGUGGUGCAGCCCUUGCCUCAGCUCGUCGGGUUCUGGCAUUUUGCAUAUUACGUCUCUCCGUUCACAUAUACGGUAGCAUCGAUGAUGAGUAGCAUGACCCACGAAAUACUCGUCAAGUGUGCCGAGGGGGAACUCAACUUCUUCAAUCCGCCCAGCGGUAUGACUUGUGGGGAGUAUGCGGGGGCUUUUGUGAACGCCUCCAUGGCGACGUUGUCCAAUCCCAGCGCGACCGAAAAUUGUGAAUUCUGUCAAUAUUCCGUUUCCGACGUGUUUCUUGAAGGGUUCAACAUUCGCUAUUCGGAGCGAUGGCAUCAUUUUGGGUACUUGUGGGCGUUCAUUGCGUUCAACGUUUGUUUAUUCUUUGGGAUUUAUUAUCUCGUGUUUCAGGGUGGAGCGGCGAAGAUUGGCCGGAUGUUUUCCGGCAUCGUUUCAAAGAGAGAGAAAGCAAAGUCUGCAGAUAAACACCGGGGGUGA